AAGGAAGUUACUUAUGCAUUGAGCAAGGACUCGAUUGCUGCAUGUGGUAAUUCAAGAACCCAAAGGCAGCUUCACCCGAUAAACCACAGCAUCGACUAGCCGCAGGAUUGUGGGCGAUAAUGAACCCAAUGGGUGAAUGUUAAGAGAAGACAGAGGCUCUCGUUGAACUGCGCCGUUGCACUCGAUCAAUUGACCGAUCACAAUCCUCCAACAAACUCACACGCCCCAGAACGCUGGCUCGCGCCAGAAGCGCCACUCGCCCAUCAUGGCCUCCGCUAAAAGGGGUGCCUCAGUCUUGGUGACCGACUCCCGAGAGCGACCUCAACCACGAGGGGGACCCCAACGAGCCACCCCAAGCCCCGCCCGACCGAGCAGUCGCCUCGUCUCCGUCGACAAUGUCCUGCAAUAUUCGUCCGACAUACCCUCGGGCCAGCCGAGGGUGCCCCCAGCGCCGCGCCCAACGCGCGCCAUGGCGAUGCGACGAAGCAGCCAAGGCGGCCUGCCCACGCUCGCCUCCGCCCGCACCGGCCAACAGAUCGUUCCUUCGCGAACAACCAAAAUUAGCGAGAAGCUCGUGCUGAUCCCCGAGGCGCCUGAGGCUGGGGACGAAGAAAUAGAGAGUGACGAAGAGUUGGCGCGCCGGGUGUCGCUGCUUCGUCGCGAGGACGAGAAUCGCCCGCUCAAGGACGAGGAAUUGGACGUACUGAGGAAGCGAGGUGGAAUUCGCGGGAAGAGCUAUGCGGAGCGGUUGCCCAAGUUACAGCGCGGGGAGAAGGUGUCACGGUUGACAGCCUACUGCACCGCCCAAUCGUACAAGAUGAAGGCGACGGCCGAGUUUUUGCGGAAGACGCACGAGGCCAAAACAAAGCUGUACGACGACUGUUUGUACGCGGUAUACCACCUCCCGCUUCUCCCGGGUACCGAGGGUUAUCGGCUGAGGAGCCGUCCCGUCCUGAAGACGCCAGGGACGGGCAAGACCGUCCUUGACCUCGAGAUUGAGCGUAGCGAGCGCAGGGACGAGCACGAAGGCUAUUGGGACGAGUACGCCUAUGGCGUGCAAGGGCUUGAUAACAGUCCGGGUGCCGAACCCCUCCUACAGCAAGUGGCGAGCGCCCCGGACACGCUUGAGCGCUCGCCUACCGCCGACGGCGACCACGACCACGAGCAUGAGCAUGUGACGGUCAGCCCCAUCAACCGCCUGGUCCCGGACGCGAAGAACUUUGGCGAGAUGUUUGUAUACUCAUACGGUGUGGUGGUAUUUUGGAAUUUCACCGAGCGCCAAGAGAAAGACAUCCUCGCCGACCUGACCUUCGCCGAGAACGAGACGGGUAUCAAUCUCGCGACAAACACGCUUGACGAGAAUGAUUUCGAGACGGAGGAAUUCCACUUCGAAUACAGUCCCGACGUCAAGCGCCCCCGCGUCUUCAACGACAUGAUCACGCUCCUCCCCCGGUCAGACCACAUGGUCAAGCUGACCAUCAGCCACGCCAUCGCGCAGAGCACCAAGCUCUGUUUCUUCGAGGAGCGCAUGUCCGAGACAAUGCUCGACGCGCAGCACGUCCCCAAACGCUUAGCCCUCACAGGCGAGCUCAACAUGACGCGAACGGAGAUCGUCAAGAUCCUCGGCCGCCUUUUCAAGAGCCGCGUCGACAUCAACCUCUCCUCCAACGUGCUGGACGUGCCCAACUUCUUCUGGGACGCCGAGCCGACCCUGCACCCGCUCUACGUCGCCAUCCGCGAGUACCUCGAGAUCGACCCGCGCAUCCGCGUGCUCAACGAGCGCUGCCGCGUCUUCCUCGACCUGGCCGACAUCCUGGCCGACAGCGUCGCCGACUCCAAGAUGAGCAACAUCACCUGGAUCAUCAUCAUCCUGAUCGUCGUGAGUAUUAUUGUGACCGUGACGGAGGUCGGGUUGCGGUUUGGCAUGCUGUCGAGGGAGAAGGGGAAGGAGGGUGGCAGUGGUGGGGGGCCGGGGAAUGUUAUUGGUGGUGAUGGGAAUGGUGAUGGGAAUGGUGCUGGCGCUGGUGGCCUUGAUUUGAGGUGGUUGAGGGAGAAGAAUGUGUCGGUGGAGGAGCUGCGGCUGUGGGCGAGCGCGCUGAGCGAGCGGGAGAGGGCGGCCGUGUGCGGGGCUGAUGUAAUUGGCACGACGUUUGCGGGUGUGUAGGAGGGGAUGAAGGGUGGGCUUCAUUGUAACAACAGCAUGUGUAAGUGAGUAAAGUUAGUGUUGAUAGGCUUUUUUUUGGGG